AUGUUGGACUCCCGCUCUGAGAAGGGCAGACCUACCAACUCUCUCUCCUCCCUCAUACCGUUAGCCAAAGGCCUCAACCAGCGAUCGUGGCGACUCCACAAUGACCUUCGCCACUGCCCCGGACCCGGACCCGCUCCAGACAGACCUCUGGAGAGAGUCACCAACUGGAGCCUGGAGGAAGACAACCCUCGUCCAAUUAUCUCCGACGACGAAACAUCAUCAGUAAACUCCGUUCCUGAGUCUCCCACAGCCGAAAUUCCAGAAAGGGAUAGAAUGAGUUUAUUGAUAAACUCCAGCAGGCGGCUCGGUGUAGAGAUGGAUAUGGCAACCAAGAAGGCCAAUGAAAUGCUCCUCAGAGAGAAGGAGGCAUUAGAAUGCGCCGGCAACAUGAAGAGGGAGUGCAAGCAGACGGCACUCGAGUGCUUGCAGUCCCUCUACGAAAUGGUUCUGGCACUAUCGGACUCCAGGUCCUGGCAUAAAUACAACCUGGAGAAGGAGCGCACUCGCAGCGCGCAAGAACUAAUGCGACUAGAGCGCGCCCACACCAAGACCGUGACGGGGCUGAUAAAAGAACUGGCCUCAGAUUUGUAUAGUGCCAGAAAAGAAAUUAAAAAUACUUUAACGGAAGCGAAAAACAUACGCAGUUGGCUGGACUUUGAAACCCAGGAGCCAUUCCGAAAAAUCAGCGAGAUCCAGGGUGGACUCAAAGAGCAAGAAAAGCGGAUCAAAGCCCUCCAGGACCUCACUAAUGAUGACGCAGCGGCCAAGACCUCCGCAAAUCUCUCCUCUCUACAGGGCAAGGUGGAGACCUUAUGGAACAACACAAAUGAGAUGCGCUCCACCUUGCAAAAAAAACGCGAAAAGACCAUUGCACAAAUAGAGUCCAGCCACAAGACCCUAAAGCGUAUGGAGAAGGCGCUUCCUUCCCUAACAAAUGACGGCAUAAUGAGUACUGAAAUGGCAAAGCUCAGGAAGCUAGUGGAGGAAGUAAAAGAUCAGGCAAAACAACAGCAAGCCAUCGAUCCCACAGCAGCUUCCAUAAAUGAGGAAGUGCUAAACAGGAUAAUUAAUCCCUUGCAGGAAAAAAUAGAAAUAAUGUGCUCGGAGCUGAGGACGUUAAGAGAACAUCGGAAUAGAUCUUCGGAUCUCACGGCCGUCAACCUGGCGAAGGAAAUGGGAAUAGCCACCAAACCCGAAGGCAAACCGAAGCCUUCUUACGCCAGAGUGGCGGCCACUCCACCACCUCCAAAACCCAACCACACGCUCAUAGUGUCAUCGACAGACCCCAAAAAAACCGGGGAGAACGUCAUUGACAUUAUACGGGAAACCCUGGACACAAAAACAACGGGUGCCAGGGUGGAAAGGGUGAGGAAGGCGCGUAACCAAAAAAUCGUCCUGAGCUGCGGGAGCAAACAUGACUUGGACCUAACCAAAAUUCGGCAAAACAAAGAACUGAAAGCCGAAGUCGCCAAAGCUAAUAACCCACUGGCAAUCGUGCGGGACGUGCUGGCAUACCACUCAGAUGCCGAAAUUCUCCAGAAUAUAAUCAGUCAAAACAAACAUCUAUUACAAGACAUCGACAUGAAGACCUGUGUGUUGAGAGUGAAGUACAGGAAGAAGGCGCGCAAUCCACUAGAAUGUCACCCUGUACUAGAGCUCUCGCCAUCCGUAUACAGGAGACUGAUAGAAGAAGGAAAAAUAUACAUAGGUCUCCAAAGAAGGCCAAUUUUUGACCACUCGCCUCUUGUGCAAUGCACCAAAUGCCUUGGAUUUGGGCAUACUAGAGGUGUGUGCCAAGAAAAAGAUAAGCUCUGCAGCCACUGCGGAGAGGCCCACAAAUGGGAAAAAUGUCCCAGUAGACUUGAUGGCUUACCUCCAAAGUGCAAAAACUGCAAAGAAUCAUCCCACCCAUCGAGGGCAUCGACUUGGCACACAACGCCUUCAACAAAGACUGCAAAAUCUGGCAAAAGUGGGAUGCAA